GUUCGAGUCCCGUCCCAGGAGAAAUGUUUCUCUUGGCCAUGGAUGUUGUGAUUGUCCGUAGGUGGUAGAUGGUCUCUGACUGUCGAACGCGGAGGUACCACCCGGCGGUUCUCGUAGGCGGAGCCAGAAUGUGUGCAUGUUGCAUGCACACGUGUUCCCUCGCCAGAAGUCUGUGUGGCGUUCCCCCUUUCCCCUGUAUCCCCCUAUAGCCCCACGGUACCAAUGGGUCUUUAGGCCUUAGGCCACAAGCUAAGUUUCAUAUGUUUCAUCACUUAGUAUUAUAAGUGUUACAGGCAAAUCUAUGAUGUGUGAAAC